UCCAUGGCGGCGGAUUUGGUGGAAGCCGUUGAGGCAUGUUUGGAGUUGACGCGUUAGGAAGUGAAGAUAAAGUUUUGCAAAAAUUCACACGUUACAAUUAAAAGACUACAUGCAAAAACUACACCGAAAUAACUGACAUCAUUGAAAUCCGUGGAUAAUGAUGGGGUUCAGAGUGUGAGUGAGGGAGUCACUGAGAUGUUGCCGGGGAAGAGAGUGACAGAUCCAGUUCCCAUAGUGACCAGACAGCAUGGCGGGGCUCAGCCGAAAGAUUUAAACUGGGCAUGGGAUACUAUUGGGAAAGUUCGUUCGGAGAUUCGCAGAAUGGAGCACCGUCUGGACGACCCUGAUCGUCACCUCCCACCACCAACCGCUGACCUUCGACCUGUAGUAGACUUGGGACGCGAGCUGGACCAGACAUACACCGUGCGGGACCAAGUAGCAGCAGCUGCAGCAGCCAAGGCUAGCUGUGAUAGGUAUGACUACACUGCCUAUCAGCGAAGUAAGACAGCGCCCUCUGGUGGUCAUCGCAAGGUCAGCAGAAUAGAUGAGAAGUAUCAUGAGGAAGGCGACCUUCAAGGCAGAGUAGGAUCACGGAAAGCAGACAGGGAGUCCCGUUCUCGAGCGCGGGAUGGAUACCGACAGGAUUACUAUGGCAGCCGUGAUGUAAGGAUGGGUAGUCCGAAGCGAGUUGACUUCUCGCAUAACCUUCACCUUCGUGAAGUGAACACAGACGGGACAUAUCUGGAUAGUGUUGCCCACCAGGAGUCUUCCACGGCGUCAUCCACUCAAUCCCUCGACGUCCAGUCUACACUGACGGACAGUCGGGCCAUCCGGGAGACGGAGCUACGCUUCCUGAACGAUCACAUUCCAUCAUCACGGAAUUACCAGGAUGUGAGAUGGGAUGGGACGCGUUUGACACGCGUCAAUGUACAAGUUCCUACGGGUACCAUGAGAAAUGGAAGGACUAGAACCGAAAAUCUUCCAAAUAAUUUCGGUAGCGAACAUAGUGAAGGUGGCUUAGACAGGCGAAGAGAGGACUAUGGGAAGCAGAAACGUGUGAAGAAAUCAUUGAAGGACUUACCUGACAAUAAUGAACUGUUUGAGAAAAUAAGAGAGAAGAUUCGUCAACAGCGCCUCACAGCUUCAUCUUCAGACACAAGUCAAGACAGCAUAGUUGCAGCACCGGGUGGACCAACCGAGACAGCAGACAACCCUCUACAUGUCCUCCAUGGCAUCAGCGAUGCUGUCCAGACCACGGCUGUAGGGGACGGCGUGGGGAACAGACAGCCCAGAGUACGCAAGGUGGCAGCGGGACCACCGCUUCCUGUCUAUAAAGGUUUCGCGGAGGUUCACACCGACCCCCGGUUUCAGAUGGUGGUGAGGAGCAAGUCCCCUGUCCCGCGGAAGAAGCCCAAAACAACUGUCGGAAAGCUCCAGCGGAAAGUGUCUUCUGAUCCACACAACGAUGGCGGCAGCUCCAGUGAGAAGCCAAAGAGACUGAGAGUUGUGGCCCCGGAGAAGGAGACUUCUCAGCCUGGUGCAAAAGGUAUCAUCACAACAUCGUCGUGGAGGGUGGGGCAGCAGCUCAUUCUCCAGACUCUCGGACCAGCCAAGACAAGCAAGAAGUCUUCCCAGGGCAAGAAGUCGGAUAAUCUCAACCUAACAGAUGAAAAUAAGAACGAGGAUGUUCGUCGCCCUGACGGUGCUGAGACACACAACCUUUUCUCCUCCGGCAACAGAGAGGGUGCAGUGGGAGGCAACUCCAUCUCCAGGACAACCAAGUUGCUCCCCGAUGAUGCGAGGAGGAUUCUUGAUGACCUUCAACUAGAAGAUGAUGAUGGGGAGGGAGAACACACUAGGCGGCAGAGGCUGGCUGUCAAGAGGAAAGCCCACAAACAUUCCGAGCCAGACAAGCAGCAGCCUGCAGCCUCCAAACAGCGCCACUACGACCAGAGCAAGGUGCGCAAGUUCAUCGCCAAGCAGAAGGCGGAGCGAGUGCGUCAGAAGAAGGAGGAGGAGCGAGCGCAUCGUGCGGAGCAGGAGAAGAGACAGCGCCACCUGGCGGAGCUGUACAACAAACAGAAGCCGAAGGACCAGCCACCGCAGCCACAGCCACGAGGGAAGACACGGGGGAGGAGGUCUGGGGGAGAGGAAGACCCACAACGUCGGGAUCAUCGGGCUCUGGGCUUGAGCCUGGACUCGGACAAGGAGAAUGCUGGCGGUGGAGCAGGCAUGGAGGUGGACGACGAUGACUCCACCCUGACAGAGGGGACAGAAGAGGACGUUACACCGACCGGCACGCCCCGGGACAGACGAGACCCAGAUGUCCCAGCCCCCCAUCAGCUCCACCUGGCUCCGCCAGCCCCUCUCACAGUGGGAGGGCAGAAACUCAACCUCGAUGUAGCUGCCGUCCUGUCCAAGUUCUCCGAGGUCGUCAAUCGGAAGAAGGAUCUAGGUGGCGCCACCUACCAGCAACCCAUCCUUGAGCACUCACAUCGAACCCAGGCUGACCGCAUCCGGGCGGUGAAGGAGACUUCAGCUACAUUACAGAACAAGUUGGUCGUGUCUCGCAACAUCAUGGAGGCGGCAAACCGAGGUCUUGAAGUUAAUGCCAUGCCACGAUAUGACAGGAUCAUUGGCACGCACGAUGACUACCAAGUGUUUGACAGAAAUCUCCCUGGAUCUGUAAACUCACGCCUUGUGCUCGGUGAGCGGGAUGAGAACGAGGCUGCGACCCGGAUCCAGGCAGCGUACCGAGGUCACACGGUACGCCAGAGCAUGAACUGGCCACUUCCCUCGGGUCAAACUCUCGGCGCCCGAUUCAGGACGGGGGAAAUGAUUGGGGAUAUUGAUGCCCUGGAGGAGUCUUCCAUCACCGAGACCUCCACCUUCAGCGACAUCACCAUUACUGAAGACUCCGAGAACGAGUCCAUGAACUCCCGCCCCGGACAGAUGUUGAAGCAUGUGCGGGGCGGGGCCAGCGACCACCACCUGCGAACUACCGCCUUCAAACCAACCAGCAAGUACGUGUGGGAGGAGCCACGAGGAGACCCACUGUCAAUCAUCAACGUCUACCAGCGCAAGAUGAAGAGCAUGGGCAGGGAGAAUGAUCGACUGGCUCCAGCACCCAGUCUUCCAAGGGAUAGUGCAAUGAAUUCACAAGAGGCUAGGCAGUUAGCCAAUCAGGGAACAAUACCACAGACAUUGUCCAAUCAAGGAACGGCACCACGGAUAUCCAAUCAGCAGUCAGCAUCAAGAUCUUCCAUCAGUCAACAACCAGCAUCCCGACUGACUGAGUCUGCCUCUGUGGUCAGUGAGCCAAUGGGGUUGACAUCAGCAAGGGGCGAGAUGCACACACAACCUAAGUCACGGGACCCAGUGAGAGUCCCAGACAGACAAAGUUCCGCCCGAGUUGAUGAUGUGAGUCGCAGGUCUCAACCAGUGGAGACAUCCGUAGCUGACAACCAACGCAGCAGACGGGACCCAGCCAGUUUUCGGCCUGUUCGAGGAAGCAUCACUGAUGAGUCUUGCAUUCAGUCCUUCAGUGAGGAGGACGAAGACCGGACUCCAACAGCCUCCAGACCCAACUCCAGGCCAGGACUUUCACACAACAGUGUCAAGGUGUCAGAGGUCACGGGUCAAGAUUCGGAUGCUUCUUUGGUCAGUGAUGAGGAAAUGCUCAGAUCAAGGUUAUCCAGGCAUGAGUUACCUCCCCCUGGAGCUGAGAGCCGUGAGCCUGGACGAUUCUCCCCGAACACACUGGAGCAGAAGAUGUAUGCAGAGCUGAAUCGCCUUGAGAGUAUGGAAGUGACACUGCAUCAGUUGACCAGUGUUGACCGGACACGUGCUGUCUCCCUGGCCCAGCAGGAAACUGUGUCCUUGGCUCAGAUCCUGAAGGCCAGACAACAAACCCAUGAGCAUGAUAUGCGUCAGCUCAAACUCCAGGCUCAGAAAGAGGCUUACGAGGCCACCCAGCAACUUGAGGAGACACAGAGACAGUCGGCGACAGGUGGAGGGGUGCCACCCCGGCUGAGUCGCGAGGAGAUACAGACACUGAAGAAGGAGGCCAUCCGGGCAGCAGCAGAAGCCUGGAACCUAGGACCCUCCGACAAUAACAGACGUCCAGGGCGGAAAGACAAAUCCAGUUCUCGGGACACGGCGUCAAGGUCAAGGGGUCAAAGUCAGAGAUCCGACACUGAUGUGACCGAUUCCCUGUCUAGGAAACCACGGAAACCUACGUCAGUUUCUUACAGUGUCAGCAAGUCAUAUGUCAGACCAUCAAGGAGUGCCGUGUCGGAGAGUGUGAGAACAGCCAAGGACACUCAGCAGGACACCGACAGUGACAGCAUCCGCACCGCCAGUGACGCCGAGGGCAGGGACACUUCCAAGACCAGGAGUAUCAAGGAGGACAUCAGAGAUGAGGACUACACAAUGUCUUUUGAUGAGUCCAUGACGGAAGAUGAGUCCUUCAGACAAGUACUGCCCUCAGAAUCGCACCGGAAAGAGGUCAAGCGUCGUCAUGGUGACUCAUCAGCUCUAGCUGCUGCUGAUGAGACAGGUACCAACAGUCGACUUGCCAUUGGAGACUUGACAUCGUUGUUUGUGGGCGAGGACAACUUCAGUAAGUUCACGGCGGAGAUGGUGCGUCAGAUCAUGCGUGAGGAAGAGCUGCGUGCACAGCACCAGGCGGCGCUGCUGCGGCUGAGGGAGAAGGCCCUGAAGGAGAAGACGAAGGCUGAGCUGGCGUGGAUCAAGCAGCAGAAACAGCUGCGGCAUCGAGGUCAUGAUGACAAGUACCCCGAGAUCCACAAACAGGAGCAGUCCAUUCUCCGGCGACAGAAGGAGCAGCAGGAGGAGAUUCGGCGCCUGCAGGAGGCCAACAAGUUGGCGAGUCGGGAGCGACAGUGUCUCCUCCAGCAGCACGAGGAGAUUGCAAAAAUGAGACAGUCAACCAAAAAGACACUAGGGCAUCUGAGGCCGAAAGGUCGACUACAUCGGCCAGUGGAGGUUCAUACGGAGGACGAAGUCAGUGCCCUGGAUGAUGUAUCGGAUGUCAGUGAAGAUAUGUCACAGCUAAAAGACUACAAGUCGGACUCGGAGGUGUAUGGGAAGGACACGAAAACUAGACGCAGAGCAAAGGGAGAUAAGCAGAAGAUAGACAAGCAGAUGAAGAACAGGCUGGACCAGAAGUACUUGACAUCUCGGGAGCAGAAGCUGCACAAUCGACGGCGGAACGCGGAGGAGUUGUUGGCAUGGAAACAGCGGCUGGAUGAGGAGGAACAGGAGGUGUUUACACUAGAGAAGCAGGCGCUGUCAGUGUGGGGGGAUGAACGCGGACCACAAGGGGGCGCUGCUGGCAAACAGGACCGGCCCCCGUCCAGGAGGGGCAGACCGAGGUCGUCGCAGCAGGAUGACACAACCUUGAAGAAAGUAGUCUCGAAAGACGCUGGUGCUGCUCACCGAGAUGAGACAACAAUCUCGGAACAGUUGAGUACUGCAAGAGACGAGUCUGGAUCAAGGGCUCGUGGCACCUCUUUUACCCAGAAAUCUGAUGCCAUCUCCACACAGAUUAGUGCAACACGCACUGAGAGAUCGGAGAAGAGGUCGCGAGGUGAGAGGUCAAGGUCGCCAGCAGCCAGUGGAAGCGAAGGGUCGAUACCUGAAGAGAUUCCAGCUCGCUCUGACGAGGGAUCCACAUCCAGUCCGGAGAAGAAUGAUGACACAAUAGUGAACAGCUCGGCAGUUGACGACUACAACAACGAUACGUUUGAGCAGGACACCACGGUGACCAGUAGGAAGAAGUCCCCCGUGGGGCGCUUCCUCCCACAGGGCAGUUCCCCUCUCCCCUCACCCUGGUCCAGGAAGGGGGGGUCAGAGAGCGAGUCAGAGGACUCCAUCUCUCACACAGAGACCCUGUCUGAUGCAAGCGACUAUGAAGUUCGGAUCCGGCAACUGAGUGAUGAGUUGCGGAGACGAAGGAGGGAGGUUGAAAUUCUCAAGAAGGACCGCAAGAAGAAGGCUAAGGAACGGAUGAGGGCUCAGGAGGACUCACUCAAGAAGCAGAUUGAGGCAUACGACAACUACAUCACGCAGCUGCGACAUGAUCAGAUUGACCUUGAGCAUGAUGCCGUCAAGGCAACAGUCAAGCCACAGAUAAAGCAACCCAAAGUGACGACGGGGAAAUCUCCUGGGAAGGGCAGACAGCAGGAUGUGUCCCCCAGCAAGAGGACUCCGGACGCAGAUCAUAAUCACUCCUCCAGCUUCGAGGACACUCGGGAUGGGACGGAGUCAAGCCACACCUCACCAUCACUGUCUGACAGCAGGGAUCUGAAGCUGUCUCCAGUGCAGGAGGACAAAUCAGGGAAGAAGAAAUCACCGUUCCUCGACCGCAUCUCUGAGGGCAGUGAAUCCGACAAGUCUGGAGCAUCAGGAAAGAAGGCAGAGCCAGGUCGACGUGACAAGUCCGAGUCUAGUGUAUCAGAAGUCAUCGAGGAAUUAUCCAAUGUGGAGGACAGUGUUGUGUCAGAGAGAACCGUGUCCGGCAUGUUCCAGGUCAAAACAGACCUGCCUGCUUUGGCUGACUCGCAGAGCAAACAGAGUCUCCAUGACGAUGACCCCUCCUACAGUAUGACCUUCACAGAUGCUGUGUCAGUGAGUCAGGACAAUGCCAAACUACCUCAGAGUGUCCACAGUCGCCAGGAUGUGCCUGACCAGAGUGUUGUGACAAGGGACAGGUCUGAGGUGUCUGUGUCUGAGCAGCUAGAGGAAGCCCUGUCUCUUCGAUCUGAACAGGCAACAUCAGUGCCUUUAAGAAUAGAUCUGAACAAAGACUCGAGUGUUAAAGAAGGAAACAAAGCCAGUGAAAAAUCCUACACAACAGGAAUACCUGAAUCUGACAGCGAGAAUGAAACAAAAUCUCAUCACACAUUAUCCUAUUCCACCACAAAAUCCGAGGGCACUGCAUCUCGCCCAUCCAGUGAGAAGUCUGUGGCCAGUACAAAUUACAGUCAGGACUUUGAAGAGGAAGAUCUGUCCGAGUCCGAGAGGACACCUGUUCCUGCUCCAGCUGCAGCUCUGCCCAGCAUCCGAUCUGGCGGGGGCAGAACCGAGGAGGAGGUCAGUGAGGUCAUCUCCGCCAGUCUUCCGUCCAUCUCUGAGAAGAAGGCGUACAAUAGGCAGGACACGUGGGACAACGCACUGCUGGCUGAUGUCCUUGGAGGACUGGAUGAUUUGGAAGAUGAUGAAGAUAAGACGCCCACUGAGACUCCUCGGGAAGCAUCACCACCUCCGAUUGGUCAGGAGGAAAACAGUGCUCUCCUGAUGACAGAUCCAUUAGCGGACUUCAACCUUGAAGACAAGGUCCUGGUAUGGGGCAGGAAGAAGGGGACAUUGUUGUAUAAAGGCAAGGUUGACUUUGCCCCAGGGAUAUGGGCUGGGGUGGAGUUGGACAAGCCCGAGGGUGAUAUGGAUGGCACAUCAGGGGGUAGGGAAUAUUUCUCGUGUCGUCCUCAGUAUGGUGUGCUGGUUCAUGGAAGUGAUAUAUCUCCCCAGAUGGAGAUAGAGGACAACUUGAUGAAUGAUGUUAAAAGUCCAGACGAUUCCGUCACAGAUGUUUCUGCUGCGACGGAAACAGAACUUGAAAAGGAGAUUCUUACUGCUGCGGAAAAUGUUGAGUCCUUUGUGACGACUCCACCACAGUCGCCGAGCAGCAAAAAGUCAUGUGACAUCAACAGUCUGGCUGAUGACAUCACAGACCAUCUUACAAUGUCAAUAGUGAAGGAUUCGAUGGAAACAAUGGGGAACAUUGCUGCCAAGCAGGCUGCACCAGUAAAGAAGGUUCCUCCUGCCACACUGCCGAAACCCAAACUCCAGCAGCAGACCCUCACGGCUGUCAUUGAGAAAGUUCCUGACCAGACCACGGAGACGACAAAGUCUUCUUCUCCAAAGGACGUCAGUGCAGACAAGGCAACGAACAGUGUCAUGGACAGUAUGCUGAAUGAAGCUAUCUCACAGAUGGUGUCUAUCAGAAACAAACAGCGGAGUCGAACAGAUGUGGGUAAAGAUGCUCCGUCUGGUCAGAUCAAUGGUCAUCUGUCGUCUGAUGAACUUGACUCCUUGUCGGCUGGAGGGCUGUUGAACAGCGGAAGGGAACAGAAGCCUGAUAUCCUGGUGCUUGAUGAUGGUGCUGAUCUCAUUCAGAGGCCUGAGUCCCCCAUGCCGGGGGAGCAUGGCCUGGAGGACCUGGACCAGGACAUCUCGGGCUUGUUGGGAAUGGAGGAAAACGAAUACUUUGAUGACGACAUGGGUCUCGUCAAAAUGGGCAAACCUCCGCCUCCGUAUCCUGGGGGACCAGAUCAGGGCAGAGGAGGCGAGGCAGCUGCAGCUCCCCCUGUGCCGGAGGAGGUAGUGUUCGCUGUCCCCCACCAGCAGGACGAAGUGGAGUCCAUCGUCGCCAGCGCCAUCGACGUGUACUGGAACUGUCGCCGAUGUGGUGAACCCAUGGAUAACGUGGAGCCUCCGGAAGAAUACUUCAAGUCAGCCGAGAAUGGACGUGAUAUGGCCAGUCAUAGCAGACGUGUGUUUAAGCAACUUUUGUUUGACUUGACAGGGGAGAUAAUCCGGGAGAUAUAUAAAGAUGAGCAUGAAGCAGACCCUCUUGCGUGGCAGAAACCAAGAAAGAAGCAAACGAAAUAUUACAAAGGGUUGUCACCUCCCACGACGGUUGACCAUCUGCGACCGAUCGUUCAAAGUGCAGUUAGUGAAAUCAUGGGUAUUAAUGGGACACGGAACUCAGAUAGGGCAGUUAAUAAGUGGAAUAUUCGUAAAAAGCGUGACCAUGUGGACAAUGUACUCGUGCAGGAGCUCCGAGCCGAGGAGCCCAACUGGGUGAACUAUGACGCAGACGAGAUGUCGGUGAAGAAUCAUCUGACAGAUGUCAUCAUGGAGGCUCUGCUGACUGACACUGUACACACACUGAACAAGAUCUUCCAGAAGCGACACUACAGGUCACAGCAGAGCUAGACAUGUGUGCAAGUGUUGGUUAAAGUGAGAAUGUCAAAUAUCAGAGAGUUGGACAGUGUCACAGCAGAGCUAGACAGGUGCGUAAAAGUUAGAAUAUCAUUGUCAACGGAUCCAAAAGCUGUAUAACUGAGACAGGCCCUACGUGAUGUGGAUCCACUUGCUAGAUCUUGAUCCUCAAACAACCUCAAUCUGUGAUAAUUAUGUAGUGAUGGUCAAGAUGAGAAGGAAUUGGAGCAGUAAUCUGUUUGAUCCCAUCAUAUCGGAUUUGUCUGUAAUGGAAAGGUUGGAGUUGUCACUGGACUUUUGCGACUAACGAGCCCAGAAUCAGGACAGUGUUGCCAGGGAAACGACUCAAAUCGUAUGAAUAGUGGUGACGUUGGAAACUAUCAAAACAAAGAUACAUAUUUCUACUUGCCCGAAGGAUCCUAUUAACAUGACAGAUGUGUUUGGGGAGUUAGUAUUCCCUGAUUGGAUAUGUGACAAUAUGUGUGACUUGAUAUGCUGAGUUUGGGCUGGUAACCCGCAGCACACAGUAAAGACCUUGGACAUGUAACAGGAUGUGGACCUGUAUGACAAGUAAGGGUUUGUUCCUGCCCUUAUUCUCUUCCUCUGUGAUGCAUUUGUGUAGCCCUGGUUAGCUGCUUGUGUAGGUUACCUGUACAUAGCUUGUAUUUAUUGUCUACCAGACUCACAGGCGAAGGAGGCUGGUGUGCGAUAUAUGAUAUAUCUGCAUGGUAUACGGCUUGUAUUCGUGUAGGUAAAUGUGAUGAAGGCGAGUAGCCGAUGACUGUCUGUGUGUGCAUCCUGUGGGGACUCUGCACCCUUCGGCUGCACAAGAUGAAGGAUGACAAAGGAUGGGUAUGAAUAGUUACCUCCAUCACCAGUUGCAGCUGAUGAACACCAGCUGUUGUAGGAUAAAUUCCAGAAGCGAAGAUGUUUAAAAAACCUCAGGAUAUGGUCAGGACUCAUAUGACAGAAAGCAUGUGUACAAUGUCCCAGAAACUGACAGGGAUAUUGGGCGUUAUAUGUAAUUAUAAUGGUGAUGAUCUGACAUUGGAUCUCCGAGACUCGUGUGAGACGUGCAGUGUGGGUCUAGCUCUGGUCCUGCUUCAGACUGUAGGGUUGAUAACAUGGAGCUUCCACAAUGGCUGUUGAGCUAUGUGUGUAACGGCCAGUUUACAUCAUGCAAGUCCAUCUAUAGACUUCACAGUCAUCGAAAUUAUUGUUUUUGUAUUACUUGUAAUUACUACAGGGCAUGUGUCACCAGUCUGAUGUAGAAUGUCAUGUACUCCUAGGUAGCAGUAAUAUGUAUCAGGCAGACACAGUGUCUGUCAUGUUGUCAUGGAUUAUUCAAGCAGCUGUAUAUUUGUGACAUGCACCAUUCCAUGAGGAGUUGAGUUGGCGGACAUGGCAGUGCUCAAUCUGACUGGCUGUGUUGUAGAUCUGUCUCACAUCACAUUCCGUCCUCAGGGCACAGGGUCGAGGGAGGGCAAGGCUGGUGGGUAUUUGGGUGUGAGAGCGGAGGGAGGGACAGGUUAGUGAGUACUGGGGUGUGAGAGCGGAGGGAGGGACUGGUUGUUGGAACUAGGGGAUGGUUGAAGAGGGAGGGCUACGCUGGAGGGUAUUUGGGUGUGAGAGCGGAGGGAGGGACAGGUUAGUGAGUACUGCGGUAUGAGAGUGGAGGGAGGGAUUGGUUGUUGGUACUAGGGGAUGGUGGUAGUGGGAGGGUUAGGCUGGUGGGUAUUUGGGUAUGAGAGUGGAGGGAGGGACAGGUUAGUGAGAACUGGGGUGUGAGAGCGGAGGGAGGGACUGGUUGUUGGUACUAGGGGAUGGUUGAAGAGGGAGGGCUAGGCUGGUGGAUAUUUGGGUGUGAGAGCGGAGGGGGGGACAGGUUAGUGAGUACUGCGGUGUGAGGGUGCAGGGAGGGACUGGUUGUUGGUACUAGGGGAUGGUGGUAGAGGGAGGGUUAGGCUGGUGGGUAUUUGGGUAUGAGAGUGGAGGGAGGGACAGGUUAGUGAGUACUGGGGUGUGAGAGCGGAGGGAGGGACUGGUUGUUGGUACUAGGGGAUGGUGGUAGAGGGAGGGUUAGGCUGGUGGGUAUUUGGGUGUGAGGGCGGAGGGAGGGACAGGUUAGUGAGUACUGGGGUGUGAGAGCGGAGGGAGGGACUGGUUGUUGGUACUAGGGCAUGGUGGUAGAGGGAGGGUUAGGCUGGUGGGUAUUUGGGUAUGAGAGUGGAGGGAGGGACAGGUUAGUGAGUUCUGGGGUGUGAGAGCGGAGGGAGGGACUGGUUGUUGGUACUAGGGGAUGGUGGUAGAGGGAGGGUUAGGCUGGUGGGUAUUUGGGUGUGAGAGUGGAGGGAGGGACAGGUUAGUGAGUACUGGGGUGUGAGGGUGCAGAGAGGGACAGGUUAGUGAGUACUUGGGUGUGAAGGUGCAGGGAGGGACAGGUUAGUGAGUACUGGGGUGUGAGGGUGUAGGGAGGGGGUGGUGGUAGAGGGAGGGCUAGGCUGGAGGGUAUUUGGGUGUGAGAGCGGAGGGAGGGACAGGUUAGUGAGUACUGGGGUGUGAGAGUGGAGGGAAGGACUGGUUGUUGGUACUAGGGGGUGGUGGUAGAGGGAGGGCUAGGCUGGAGGGUAUUUGGGUGUGAGAGCGGAGGGAGGGACAGGUUAGUGAGUACUGGGGUGUGAGGGUGCAGGGAGGGACAGGUUGUUGGUACUAGGGCAUGGUGGUAGAGGGAGGGCUAGGCUGGUGGGUAUUUGGGUGUGAGAGCGGAGGGGGGGACAGGUUAGUGAGUACUGGGGUGUGAGGGUGCAGGGAGGGUCAGGAUUGUCAGCCCUGAAGUGUUUAGUGUAGGGUAAGGCUGGUUUGAUGAGAAUGUUGAGGGAGGGUCAGGAUCGUCAGCCCUGAGGUGUUUGUUGCAGGGUAAGGUAGGUUUGAUGAGAAUGUUGAGGGAGGGUCAGGAUUGUCAGCCCUGAGGUGUUUGGCGCAGGAUGGGGGUUGGGGAUGGUGGGCUCUAGAGUAUGGUGGUACUGGGGUGUGUGGGUGGACAGAGGGUAAGUUCUGUUCUCCUUCUUUCACCAGCAUGAGCCUUGUGUGUCGGGGAAAGAUUUGUGUAUGCAGUUGGAGUAAUGGGAUGGUGGAUGGAGAGUGGGAGUAGGACAAAGGGGUGAUGAAUGGAGUGCGGAAGUAAAUGGGAUGUGGUCAGAGUCCAGUAGAGGUGUGAGGUAGCAGUAGAUGAUAGAGCAAAUCUCGGUAUUGCGCCGACCUUUCCCGACCUUGACCCUGUGUUUCGACAGGUUAUUCUGUCUCUGUGUUGCUCAUCUUGUCUACACCCAUUGAUUCCAGCAUCAUGAACACUGUGCCUUAUACCUCCACGCACAAUGUAGAUACAAUGUACCUGUAGGAGUGUUUGUGCCAGAAAUGAAGCUUUAAACAAAUGUUAAAGACGAAACACGGCUAUACAGGGCUGUAACAGUUCACCAAAGUGUUAGUAAAUAGAGAUGCAUUGCCAUGAAUACCUUGUCAUCAGGUCGUGUCGAUACAAUAUGAUACAUGUAUGUAUACGAUAAGUUACUGCUUAUGGUAUGACAAGAAUUAUAUUAAUUCCUGACAGUUGUUCUGAAGUAUUUGUUAGUUUAACGGAGUCAAGUAUGCUAAAAAUGUCUUGGAAGGGCAUCAAGUAUUCCCACUGAUGGUAGAACAUGGCUCCCAAAUUUGAGUUUCAUAUAUGGUAUCACACUGUUUUUAUACAUUUUGUAUCCUGGCUGAGUGUAUGGUUGCAGCCGUAAUAGUAGAAGUACAUUCAGUUCACAAACGGGGUAGCCAAGUGUUAAUGUGUUGCCAUCUCCAUGAAAUACCCCUGUGAUAUUGCUGGAAUAUUGCUACAAGGAGCAUAAAACAAUAUCCGCUCACUCACACACACAUGUCUCCACGAGCCAAAGUAUAGCGUCAUUGUACAGAAGUAUGCCUUCAGUCAUUGUAUCAUUGCCAUCAGUCGUUAUUUAUUUCAGCUAUUUAUUGCGGUCCUGUUCACAUGGUCAGCGUACCUAUCCGUGUCCUCUCAUGUAGAAAGCUACUUUGUUUCUUUGUUUUGUUUUGAGUUGUUGUGUUGGUGCCAUGUGACCCCUCGUGUUUCGACCUGAGUGAUAUUACACCCCCGACCUCGGACUGUUGUCAGGGCAAUGACCUGAGGAAGCCAUUUCAGGGCGUCAGAGAACUGAAUCCGAACUCCCUCUCUGGACUAAUAAGGAUAAUGUCCUCAUGGGCAAACUUAAAUCAUAUGCUAGUCAGUGUUUGAUAGGGAUACUGAGAAAGAGAUAAGAAAUGUGUAUUUUACGUUAAAGUGAAGCUGCAAAUGUGUCAUUUCCAUGGUAAUGUGCUACUUGUGUAACAACAUGUCCAACCAAUCUGCCACGUUCAGUCCUCAAGUGGAAUACCAGGAUUAUCCCUAUCAACUGUUGAGUAGCGUGCAUCAUCACAAGUACUGGUAGAAAAACUGUAGAGCACCUGUAGACAAACAGCAGUGAACUCGUGACCUCAAUUAACAAGCAGAGCAGUCCAUUUUAAGGUAGGGAGUUCAGUGUGACUGCAUGUGCAAAUCAUGCCAUUAUGCUUGACCUCCUGUUCAAUUGAUGGACUCUCUCAAUCUGAGAGAAAGCCAUGAGUCAUUCAGUGGGGAGAGGAUGCAGGGAGGAGGGGAUGCAGGGAAUGAGGAGGUGCGCAUCCCCCCAUUUUCCAAAUCCCUGAUUCCACAUCUGUACAAGUCUUGUUCAUUUCCAAUGUUUGGAAACUGCUAAACUGAUAAUAUAUAUUCCUAGUGGUGUAAAUCAAAGCUGUGAUCAAUGCAAUGUGUAUAACCCAGGGCUGUGUAGGAUUGUCUUGACAAGGCUAUUUUCUGGUUAAUGAUAAAAGAAGGAUUAGAAAGCGGAAUAUGACUGUAGGGUUCUUUUCCCGCAUUAGACACACUCCAUAAAGGAAACACAAGUACAUUGCCCCUUGUUGCUGAUGUACAGCUGGUUCUUGUGUGGAGACUAACUUUGUAGCAAUGACAUGAUGUGGCCAUGAUGGCCAGGGUUGAAUAUAUCUUCUCAUCCUGAAAAUUAUUGUAUAAACAUGUUGAGAAUUUAAUCAGAAUGGGUCUUUGGAAGGUGUCAAGAGAAACAUAUACAGUGUACAUCGUUAUACUUGGCUGAUGUCAAAAUUCUAAUUUAGGUUUGUUUUGUAGUUCAUAUCUUGCAAGAAAGUUGGAGCACAUUCUUCUAUAACUAAUCACAGGUCUGAUGUCCAUAUUACAUACAGGGAACCCUCAUUCAUGCUUGCUCCAUUAUCUUGUUAUGUCAUCCCAAACUGGCUUCCACAGGAGAUGUUGCUUGGGUCAGAUCAAGGGAUAUCUCCUCAGGCAAUGCAGCACAAUGCUUUGCAGACCAUUGUGAUGUCAUUGGUUACCAUGACAUCACAAUCAAAUGACAUCACUAAUCUCUGCCACUGAAGCUGGGUACCUGUACUUUGUACACACCAGACACUGCUUAUUACUGUUUGCAGACUGAAAAAGUGGGAAGAAUAGUUUUGGAUGGUGAAUAGAAUCUCGUCCUUGUCUCUUUUGAUAUCAAAUGUCUUGAUAUGUCAUAGAAGAUGAUGUAACUAUGUCGGGCAGUGAUGGCAUCAGCGCCAUGGCAAAUUAUUGACAAUGUCUUGAACUAAGGAUAACUUGACAUAUUUAAUAGGCCUCAGGACUCACUGCAUGUUUGAAUUUUGAAUUGCUAAAUGUCAAAGAUCUGAAGAAGGCAAUUGCAUGUCAGGCAAUACUGAGGUACCAAAGUGCCUUUUGUUGAGGAACAAGGGGAGAUAACCCCAGGGCUUGCUGCCGGAGUAUUUGUGAUUGUUUCAGUGCUGAGGGAGAGACUGUGCUAUGGAUAUUGAUAAUUCACUUCUUUCAACACACUGAAAUUACUAUGGGUAUUUUUCUUUCCAAAACUUUUGGAUCUUGAAAUUUGCAUACAUAUAUAAAUAUAUAUAUAAAUAUAUGAGUAUUAUUAGCAAAUGUAUGUAUAUUUUUUAUAUUUUGAUGUACAAAUUGAAAUUAGCUCAUGUGCAAAUAAUGUUUCAUGUACAUUAAAUAAAUCCAUCCAUCUGAU